GGGGCGUUUGACAGCAACGUGACGGUGAUGACAACAAACUUGAGUCUUACUUGCCUGAUAGGGAUGAAUGUAAUUAAGCCCUAAAAGUUAACUAGCGCGGGUAUAUAAUUGCUGAACGCCGGGUAGUAACUACAUUGCGAAUAACCACAGAGCUCAGAACGCUCGGUGGUUCAAGGAAAUAAAAUUUUGUAAACAAUGGCGAACCGGACAGUGAAAGAAGCGCGGAAUGUGCACGGGACGAAUCCUCAAUAUUUGAUUGAAAAAAUUAUUCGAUCGCGAAUCUAUGACUCAAAAUAUUGGAAGGAACAAUGUUUUGCUUUAACUGCAGAACUCUUGGUUGAUAAAGCUAUGGAAUUGCGAUACAUCGGUGGAGUGUAUGGGGGUAACAUUAAACCCACACAAUUCCUUUGCCUUACCCUGAAAAUGCUUCAAAUUCAACCUGAAAAGGAUAUUGUAGUCGAGUUUAUCAAAAACGAAGAAUUUAAAUAUGUUCGCGCACUUGGAGCGUUCUACUUACGACUGACUGGAUCGUCCCUGGAUUGCUACAAGUACCUGGAACCCCUUUACAACGAUAAUCGCAAGCUGCGUCGCCAGGCGCGUUCUGGUCACUUCGAAAUAGUCUACAUGGACGACUUCAUAGAUGAACUCCUUCGAAAUGAUCGUGUUUGCGACAUAAUUCUCCCCCGGAUCCAAAAGCGUCAAGUUCUCGAAGAAAACAACGAACUUGAACCCAAAGUCUCUGCAUUAGACGAAGACCUCGACGACGAAAUGAUCAGCGAAGAUGAACUGCCACCGGAGGAAAAGCCAGAAGAGGAGAAGAAAAAGCAUAAGAAAUCCACAAAGGAAAGAUCUAGAUCAAGAUCAAAGGAACGCGAGAAGCGCUACGAGAAGAAGCGAUCGGAACGAGAUUAUGAAAAGGAACGUGAACGAGAACGGGAGCGUGAAUGGGAAAAGGAGCAAGAACGGGAGCGACAGCGUCGGGAACGUGAAAGGGAGCGUGAGAAGGAACGUGAACGGGAGAUGCGUGAUAGGGAACGUGAACGCAGAGCAAGGCAUGACCGGUACGAUGAUCGAUAUGACGACCGUGAUCGCGAUCGAAGGAAGGAUCGCGAUAGGGACCGGAGGAGAUAUUAGUGGACUUAGGGUGUAAGAAUGAUUUGUGCGUAAAGUGGUUUUAAUAAAACCUGACUAGGAUUCAGCUGUUGUUUACUAUA